AUGCUACUUUCCGUCCAUCAUCAGCAGAAACUACUGUGUAUAUGUUGUGGAAUUGCUAUGAGACAAUGGAGCAAGAAUGAUGUUGGAGUGCAAAUCAAGGUUGUCUCAGCUCUAUGUGCAGGUUCUGUGGCAGCUGAAGCAAAGAGGAAUGCAGCUAACUGGGUCAUAUUGGACAAGAAAUUGAAGCAAGAACUCAAGAAUUGCAUGGAUGAGCUGUGGUGCAACACCGUAAUCAUGAAGGGUUCCAGGCCAAAAAUACUUCGACUCAAUCUGUCAUGCUCAAAUUAUCUUGAAACACCAUUUUAUUCGGCUGCUUCUUCUCCUCUUUUAACUAGCGAAAAGUCACAGAGCCAGAGGAUGAAGCAUUCUACUCCUGUUAGCAGUCCAGAGGAUCCAAGUACUUCUUGCACAAGAACCUUAGGCACCAAUUCAUCAAGUCCAGACACAGCGGCUUCUAUUUUUGUGGUUUAUGAACAAAAUCCUCUUUAUGAAGGUUUGAAUAAAGGCAAAUCCCCACCUGAUGGACAAAAUAGGUUGGUUCUAAGGGAAAGUAUAAAAACUUUUUCGACAAUCCCAGGUUCACGAACCCAAAGAGAGAAAAGAAACUUUUGGAUUCCUCGAAAUCACGUUGUCUCUGGGAAUUCCCUGGAAAGUCGAAACUGCAAGGAUAUAUCCAAUACUGCAUAUCCCACCGCCAGGACUGAACUGGAUAACUUUGUACUAUUUAAUCGAGAUAUAAUUAGAGGAACUAACCUUAAUCAAAACCUUGACAGAGAUUAUGAAUUCAACUAUAGUAUUCGGGAGGCUGUGGCUUUUGGAAGAACUUCCUCAACGCCUCCUCCUUUGUGCUCACUAUGUCAAUAUAAGGCUCCGGCAUUUGGAAAACCUCCAAGACAAUUUCAUUAUAGAGAGCUAGAGGAAGCUACAGAUGGUUUUUCCGACAAAAAAUUUCUUGCUGAAGGUGGGUUUGGUGUGGUUCACAGAGGGGUUUUAAGGAAUGGGUUGAUCAUUGCAGUAAAGCGAUUAAAGUUAGCUGGGUCUCAAGGAGAAGAUGAUUUCUGCACACAAGUGCGAGUACUGAGCUGUGCCCAGCACAGAAAUGUUGUGUUGCUUAUUGGUUUUUGCAUUGAAGGGAAGAAGAGAUUACUGGUGUAUGAGUACAUAUGCAAUGGAUCCUUGGACUUUCAUUUACACGGAGAGAAAAGAAUGUCUCUGGAUUGGCAGACAAGUUUAAAGAUAGCUAUUGGGACUGCAAGAGGCUUACGAUACCUUCAUGAAGAUUGCAGAGUGGGAUGUAUAAUUCACCGAGAUAUGCGUCCGAACAACAUCCUCUUAACACAUGAUUUCGAACCUCUGGUUGCUGAUUUUGGACUUGCAGCGCUGCACUGUGAGUGGGACUUUUGCGAUGGUGACCAAAUAGUUAAAACUUCAGGGUAUCUUGCACCAGAAUACUUCAAUGGUGGAAAUAUGACAGAGAAAGUUGAUGUCUAUGCUUUUGGUCUGGUAUUAUUAGAGCUAAUCACUGGUGAAAGAGCUGGCGACUUGCUAUAUUUUAUCGACCGUCAACUUUUGGUCAAUAAUUUCCAUCCAUCAUCUGACAUUGAACCAAUUCAACCAAUGCAUAUGUUGGCUUACAAGCAUCAAUUGCUGGACUCCUGUUUGGCCUCUUACCAAAUACAAAGCUUGCCCCAUGAGAUUCAGGCAAUGGGUUAUGCUGCCUCGUUGUGUCUACAGCAGAAUCCCGAGUUGAGGCCUCCCAUGUCGAAGGUACUGAGAAUACUAGAAGGAGGAAGUGCUGUUAUUCCUCUGGCUUUGGACUUGAAUUCAGUUGGUAGUAGGAGUGGUCACAUGGAGGGACUGAAUUCAAGAAGACAACUUGAAUCCAAGAUGAGGCACUCCCGCAGGUUGUCUUAUUGAACAUAUUAUUGAGUCCUUGUAUUCCUUCUUCCUUGGACGAGUUGCUUAUGUCCUGUUUGUCAAGGACGUGGAUUUAAGAUUCUAGAUUUUGUCUAUCAUAUCGUAACGACGAUCAAAAAAAUUGGGAUCUAUGUUGACUGAUCCUAGUGGAACAAUGUUGAUUUUUGUAAAUCAGUCUGAUUUGCAGCUUCCAGAAGUCUUGAGAAUGUACUUCAGUUUGCACAUCAGGAGAGGCAGUCUAUAUUGGACAUAAUUGAUCCAAACCAAA